AUGUACUUGAGAUCAUUCAAAUCCAUUUCAUCCUCCGUUGUCUCGUCUUCUUCCCCUUUGACACGUUGCCGUCCUUCAAGCAAACUAUUUCUCACGCCUCACAAGUACCAUCGAUUUGCUCGUAGUUUUCAUGCCGCUGUUGCUAGAGAAGCUAUCAAGCCUUUUCUUUUGGCCGAUAUUGGCGAAGGUAUUACCGAGUGCGAGGUGAUUCAAUGGUUUGUGGAGCCCGGGUCUACAGUAGCUGAAUUCGACAAGAUUUGCGAGGUGCAAUCAGAUAAAGCAUCUGUCGAGAUUUCCUCAAGAUACGCUGGCAAAAUUUUGAAAUUGCACCAUGGAUUGAAUGAUAUUGCCAAGGUCGGAUCUCCCUUGGUGGAUAUUGAGACAGACGAAGGCGAUGAUCAGGUGGCUGCUGCCCCUCAAGCUGCUGAAUCUGUGCCUGACGUGGCCAUUCAACAACCCGCACAGGAGGAAGCUGGCUUCAUGAAUAGAUCAGACAACAAUGCUUCGACAUCUUCUGGCUCCGUUCUCGCAACUCCAGCCGUGAGAAAAUUGGCCAAGGAUAAGGGAAUUGAAAUUUCAAGUGUAACAGGCACUGGCAAGGAUGGCAGAGUUUUGAAGGAGGACAUUUUGAACUUUGGUUCAACGACGGCAGAGGAUAUCAAUCAAGAGAGCCAUCAAAGCGCCAAUGCUAGUGAUUCUGCUACUACCUCUCAAUCACUCAGUAUGGUCCAAAAGGCCAUGUUCAAGUCCAUGACACAAUCGCUCAGCAUUCCCCAACUGGGAUACAAGGAUGAUAUCGAGAUUGAUGCUACUACCAAGUACCGUGCUGCUUUGAACAAGCACAUCUCCAGCCAUCCCGAUCGCUACCCCUUCACCAAGAUGACUUACUUGCCCAUCUUUGUCAAAUGUCUGUCUAUUGCUCUUCAUCACUACCCUCUGAUGAACGCCAAGCUCUCUGGCAACUUGGACGAUGUGAAUUCCAUCAAUAUUACCUACAGACCCUCUCAUAACAUUGGCAUUGCUAUGGACACACCUCAAGGUCUGGUUGUCCCCAACAUCAAGAAUGUACAAGACAAGACCAUCUUUGAAAUUGCCUCUGAAAUCCAUCGUUUGUCAGAACUAGGCAAGAAGAAUGCCAUUCCCAUGGCUGACAUGAAGGGAGGCACCAUCACUCUCUCCAACAUCGGCACCAUUGGCGGCACAUAUGCAAACCCUGUCAUUGUGUCUUCUGAAUUGGCUAUUGUCGCAUUGGGAAAAAUGCAGAAAUUACCUCGUUUCGAUGCUAAUGAUAAUAUUGUUGCAAAGCAAGUGAUGCCAGUGAGUUGGUCGGCCGAUCAUCGUGUGAUUGACGGCGCUACCAUCGCACGCUUUGGCAACCACUGGAAGAACCUGAUUGAAAACCCUGCCUUGUUGGCUAGUGAAUUGCGAUAA